AUAUUUAACGAUAUCUUGGAGACUUCAAGACACUUCAAGCUUUUCACAUUUAAAGAAAAACUAAAUAUUCACUAAAAAAAUGUCGAGUUCAAUUGAUUUUAAAUCAGCGAUGGAAGAUUUCAAAGUAAUGUUUCCAGAUAUGGAUUCAGAUGUAAUAGAAGAGAUUUUGAGAUGCAAUCAUGGAUCUGUAGAGAGAACGAUUGAUCAACUUCUAGCAAUAGCAAGUGAUAAUCAGAAUGAAAAGUUUAUGCGGGAAGAUCAUGUACCAAAUCAAGGAAAUGCAGUGCAAAAAACUAAUCCCAACAAUGAAAAAGGAGACAAAGCUGUGAAAUCGUCUAAGUGGAAACCAGUUUUGUUACCAUUAGAUCCAAACUUCUUAAGAUUGAAUAUGGGUGGUGAUGAUUUCUGUGAUGAGUUUGCAGUUAUGCUGCAAAAUGAAGAAUUUUUAGCUGAACUAAGAUUCAAUCAGGAAUUUUUAUCGACACUUGAGAAAGAACAAGGGCGAACUGAUGACAGAUCUUUUGAAGAAAGAUUAAAGCAUAUGGGAAAAGUUUCAAGGAAAAAAUUCCAUCAGCUUGCUCGAAUAUUUACAUUCCAACGAAAGAAGUCUUCAUCUCAAAAACCAAAAAGCAAAUUACUUGAACAAGAUGAUGAUGACGAUGAACCGAAAGGAGGUUCAAAAAAAUAAAUCAUUUUAUAUUUUUCUAAUUCUCGAAUAUUUAUGACUUUCUUCAUGAAUUUCUUUAUGUCAAAAAAUAAUUUCCAAUUUAACUUUUUUGUCAUCCAAACGCAUGAAUUAAUUUUUAAUGGCGUACAGCAAAACCUUGAGAAGAAGCUGAUAAAGAAAAAAUAUUUGGUUAAGUUUAAAAUUGAGAGAGAAAAAUAUGUAACUCAUUUCUCAGAAUGCAAUAAAUAUUUCCAUGGUUGUUUUUAUUUUAAUUAAACUGUAAUAAUGAGUGACCACAGAAAAGUUGCAGAUAAAAUAAAUUUGUGUUAAAUAAUGUGAAACCUUCUAAUUAUGACGAUUAUGAGAAGUCUUAGAAAUCUUCCAGCAAUAAAACUUUUUAAAACUCAG